AUGGAGCUGACCAAGAUAUUACUGCUGAUUGUAGCUGAAUGGACGAUUGGCCUGGCUUUACCUGUGCAGGUAUGAAUAUGUAUUCAGAGAUAGAGAGGCAUUGGUUAGUUUAGAAAUGUUCUAUUGUUAUCUUGUCCAAACACAGACAACAUUAAUGUUAAUUUUUUUUCCCCACAGGUCAACAAUAAAGCAUAUGAAGGUAAGUACUACAUUAUUGCCUAGACCUGUACAAUAGUUAAUAAUAUGAUACAUUUUAGUUUCUUAUGUUGUGAUCCCUCAUGAAUUUCUAUGGAUAACAGACAACAUUAUUUUCAUAUUCUGUGGAUUUUUGAAAGUCAGAGAUUUCCCAUCACAGUGUGACUAAGCAGUGAAUUUUUGGAUUUAACUCUUUUCUCCAGAAACCAUCAAUGACCUACGUAAAGAGACUAAAACAGUUUUCGAACUGAUAGAAGCUGCAAACAAAGGUGAGAUUUACGAAAGAAAACUCCUAGUUUCUGUUCACCAUGUUUGUUUUUAUGUAAAAAUUAUCUUGUAAGUAAUGGAAAUAUGUUAAAGGCAAUUGCACCACAUAUAUAUUAAGGCAUAACAUUGUUAAUGAGAUGCAUGGAUUCCAUGUCUAGUGGAAUUCUUGAAUGAUUGAUCUAAUCUAAAUUAAAAAAAAACUAAAACAUACAUACAUAUGUAUUGUUAAUAUUAAUUAAUAAUUACAUUUGGCUUUUAUAUAAAAUACACCUGUUUUAUUUUACAUAAACUAACUUUACUGAAAUGUACAAAAUAAAUAUAUAUGAAAAUGCAUUGCAAUACAAUUAGAAAUAUAUCAUUUAUACUUAGAAUCAUGGAAAGAAACAUUAAUUGUUCAUGAUGUAUCAUUUUGGUAAUCUGAUAUCAAAUAAAGUUUAGUUAGCUAGUUCGCUUAGAAAAAUCCACCUUUCUUUAAGCUGCAACUGGGUGACUACAUCUAAUCUCACAGUUAGACAUUGCACCUGUCAAUAAACAUAGAGAAAACAUACAGAAAAUAUGAGAAAUGAAAGCGUGUUUAUCUUAUAAUGCAAUGUUUACCCUGACUUUGCCUUGUCUGAACUGGAUUAUGAUGUAAUUUGCUAAAUCUUUAAUACAAAUCUAAUAACAAAUAUAACAUGUUAUGAAAACCAUGGUUAACAUUUUAUGGAUAAUUUAAUGUUUUAAUCAAUGGUGUAAAUUCCACAGAAGUGACAGCUCCACUUUAUUGACUAAAGACUGUUUUAUGAAAAUGAUCUAUUUUAUUCCAGACAUUGGCAGGCCCUGAUGGAGAGAUUGCCUUUAAACAUUCUCUCUUGAUUACAUAUCAGCACCUUUAGAUAUCAUACUAAAUGGUGCAGGAUUUCUGUUAAUGGUGGAAAAUAUAGACAAAUGGAAAAGAAAAGACACAAGUCCUAAAUAUCUACAUAUAUAGUAUGUAAGGGGGGAAGAACAAUAGUAAACAAGGAAGCACACACACUUUUUAAUGUGAUCAAGCAUAAUGAGUUUAUAUAAUUAGGGAUUCUCCAGUCAGAGUCCCUUUACUGAAGAUUAUAUACUUUUUCAUAUUGCCCUCUUAAAAUACAGAUUACUUGUGUACUCCUAUACAGAAGUUAAUGUUUUGUUUGACUGCUUGCUAUUAUUUUAGCAUGUUAUUCCUCAUUCUUUCCUAAUUUACAAAGUCAUACAUAUUCAUAAAUAUUUUGCCAUUUUAAUUUCAGAUAUUAGCAAGCCUCUAGUGCAUGGAGACAUUGUCGUUAAUACUGGCCGGAGUGUGAAGAAUUGCUAUAGUUGCUUCUGGCCGGCAUCCCCGGAUAGAGUGGUUCCGGUCCCUUAUGUUAUUUCCUCAGUAUACUGUAAGUUAUUACAAACAUUUGUUUACUAAACUUAUUUCAAUGUUGUUGUUUUUUAACAAAAUCUCAUCUUUUCUCUUCAGCAAGCAUUCAGAAAUUGCUUAUUACUGAGGCCAUGAAACAGAUUGAACUCAUGAGCUGUGUGAAGUUUGUUCAGAGAACAUCACAAUGGGACUAUCUCAGCCUAGAAUCUGGAAAUGGGUGAGUUUACGCAUAAGGGAGAUUGGUCAGAACUCAAUUCACAUGACAACUUGGAAACACUGAACAGGAUCAAGUUUGGUUUGACAGAUUUCGUUUCACAGCAUCUGCUUAAUAAAACUAGCUUGUCUGAAAUUUAACUCACUUAUUCCUUUUUUAUAAAUUGUAUUCUCUGAAACAAUGCCUAUGUAAUAGUUAAGGUUCUUUAAUUUAUUUCUCUACAUAAUUUCUUAGGUGCUGGUCAAAUGUAGCAAGGCAAGGUGGCAAACAGACUGUCAGUCUGGACAAGUCAGGCUGCCUGGGCUCAGGAACAAUCCAACAUGAACUCAUGCACUCUCUGGGAUUUUUCCAUGAACAUAACAGGAGUGACAGAGAUAACUAUGUUGACAUCUUUUGGCAGUAUAUCAGUGAUGGUAAGCAAUUAAACCAUAUAUGCAAAACCAAAACCCAUGGAAAAUCAGACUAUAAUGUUCAUAGAAUGUUAAGUAGUGAGGAGAAAUUGACUGAUAAAUCUAUUCACCUAGUUAAUAGCCUGUAAACAAUUAGUCAACACUAUCUGUGUAAGAUGAAUAAUAACCUUUAUAUUGUUUGCAAAUAUAUUUCAUUUUAGCAAACAAGAUAAACUUUAAGAUUGAGGACAGCAACAAUAUGAACCUUCCGUAUGAUUAUACAUCAGUCAUGCAUUAUCAAAAGUGAGUACAUUUUAUGAAUAUCCACAAUGUUGUCUUAUCUAAAAAUGAUAUUGUCUUUCUUCUUGGGUAUAAAAACCUCAUGCCUCUCUCUACAGUACGGCUUUCACUAACACCCCUGGUCAAGCUACCAUAGCUGCAAAAGGCAAUGCUUCUUUACCACUUGGACAAAGUAUUGGAAUGAGCCACCUGGAUGUGAUCAAACUUAACAAACUCUAUAACUGCGGUAAGAAUUUCUCUGAUAUUAAUAUUUAUAAUGUCAACACAUUUGUUCUCUUAACUGAUACAUUAUUCUGGUUACCCUGAUCCUUUAGUUGCAUGUCCUAUAACUGUCCAGAAUUUUUCAGCAAUAUUUAAAAAAUAUAACCUUUUUGUUUCCUUAGAUGUCUGCCGAGUGAAACUAAUAGAUCAAUCAGGGUCUUUCUCAACUGACAAUGUCUCAUUCGGACAAGAUAGUAGUUGCCUCUGGUUAAUUCAAACUGACUCUUUCAAACUGGUUGGUAUAAAGCUAACAGGAUUAAAUAUAAUUUCUUCUUGUUUUGGGAUUCUUAUUACAUGGUUCUAUAAUUAAUUGGACAUUUAAACCUAUUCAUCGUGUUCUGUACUGACAUUUCCUUUGAUCUAAUCUCAACCCUCACAUUGUGAUCUUCUUUACCCAGGUUCAUCUUCAGCUCAGUGACAUUAAUAUCCCUGCUUCCACUGGAUGCUCUGACAGCUAUAUAAAGGUUUAUGAUGGGAACAGCAAAUCUUCUAGUGUUCUCUUGGACAAGACUUGUGGAGAUAGAAUAAUCCCACCACUUAUCUCUUUUGGGAAUAGCAUGCUAAUAGAAUUCAUGAGCAAUCAGACACCAGAUCUUAGCAGAUUUAAUGCUUUCUACGAGACAGGUACAUACCACCUGUUAACACAAAUGCAGCACUCACAAUGGCUUGAAAAUGUCAUUUUGCAUUAAUUUAUAAACUGUAAUGUUAUUUAACAUGUAUGGAACUCUUUUCUGAAAAUGUUUGAUAGAUUUUUAACAUUGCUAGGUGUUUAAAUCAACUAAGGGCUUUAUACUCACUUUUAUGCGAUACUACUAUAGAUCUUGUUUUGUAAACAUUACCUUUAUAAUCACACAGAUAGUAUGGGUUAUAGUUUAUUGGAUGUUUUGUGAAUGAAGGUUCAGUUUCCAUAUCCUGAUUUUGAAGACAAACUAUGUCAUAUAAACAUCUGUUUUGCCAUCUAAAAACAUACACAUUACAAAUUAAAGGAUAAUUCAAUUACUAAUAGAAAGAUAUUGAAGCAGAAUAUGUAAUACUUGAAGUACUUAAUGUGUUUUGGUCACUACAGCACAAUAUUAGGUGUAUUACUGUUCUCCCUUAAUACAUAUACGUCUGUUGUGUGGUCAGUUAAUUCAAUCUUUCAGGUAAAAAGAUUGCACCUGUGCAAAUUGGACAAUAGCUUUGUAACUGUUAAAUUACAUAUUGUGCUUUAUUAAAUAAUAUUUAUUUACCUACAGUUUCCUAUGGAGGAACUUUAACCAGCCCUUCUGGAAGAAUCAUCUCUCCAUCCUAUGGCAAGGCAUAUCCCAACAAUAUAGAUGCUGAAUGGUCCAUUAUAGCUCCACCACAGUCUAAAGUAAGGUCACCCAGGGUACAAUACUGUAUCAAUACAGAUUAUAAAAAGUUAGAAGGUGUUAUCUGGAAAAUAAAAACUUACCAGACAUGUUAAGUAAGUUUUAUUGUGUGUUCUCUAAUGCAAUUUUUUCAUAUAUAGUUUAAGAGAAAAAAAUGAAUCGAUAGUAAGAAACAAAGUGCAUGAAUAAUAGAAAAUAUAGUAUGCUUUUAUGUUAUGUCAAUGAAGGCACUUGCUGAGUUCUAAAGAACUACAAACACGAUCCUUACAAUGUGCUCUUUAACAUAGGAUGAGCCUUUUCUUCUAGGUGUUUCUGGAAUUCAUUGAUUUUGACCUGCAAGAUAGCUCAGAUUGUUCCUGUGAUUCUCUGACUAUAAUUGAUGGCGCCAGAUCAAUUUCCCCAGUCCUGGGCAAAUACUGCAACACUGAUGUGCCCGAUUCUUUGACAUCUUCUGGAAAUGUGAUGAUAUUGAGGUUUCACAGCGAUAACCAGACAAGUUCUGUUGGUUUCUUUUUAUCAUAUUUCUUUGGUAAGACUCAAAAGUGAAGCAUCAAUCACUAGCGUUCACCCCAGCAGUGAUGUUUAAAAUGAGCCUUUAAAUUAUUUCUUGCAGUUUGUUUAUCUCUUGAAAAUACAUUUCUAGAUAUUUAGAUAUAAGUGUUUUUAGCCUUUUGCAAUAUUUUCUGGUUAAAGUCAGAUUACUCUUUUUUUUUUUUUCUCCCAAAUGCCAAAAUCACUUUUGCUAAUAAGGAUUUUUCAAUUAAACUUCCUAUCCUAUACACUUAAAAAAGUAAAAGUGUUUACUAUGAAUACAUGCUGCAUGGAUACAUGUGUAAUGUGACAGACCUUUUAUGUGUUGUGUGCAUAGAUAAUUCUUCCAGGAAUAAGCAAUGUUGCCAGUCACAUAAAUAACACUGUUCUUGCAGGAACACAAACAGUAUAAUUAUAUGACUCUAGCAAAAUACAGAGUGUAUCUACAUCAUGUCCUUUUUUAUUCCUCAUGGCCACUCUAACUUCCUUCUCUGUCUUGCAGUGACCAACAGCUGAUAAAGAACAUGGAGAGAGAAGAUAUUUAGAGAUGAGAGACCAAAUCUUGAUAAUAAAAAGGCAAAUAAAUGCAAAAUUAUGUAUCUGUAUGUAAAUGUUUAAAGUGUUAUCCAUGCAAUAAAUACAAAUUCAAACACAUUAUACAAAGUAUAUUUCUGCUUUGCUUAUUUUUCUCACAGUGUCACUUUUACAUUUUUCUUUCAUUUUAAAAGUGAUACAGAUAUUGUGGCAACCAAUAUAAAUGUCAAUAUCAAUGAAAGCCAGCAUACUUCUAUGUAGGGGUACUUAUUAUUGCACUAGUACAUAGUAUGAUCUGGCCGGCGAUCUUGCAAAGGAAGCUUUAACCAGUGCAGACCAUACUCAUUUAGGCAGAUUAUAGCCUUAGCUAAAAGAGGGGUUCUGCAUUUCUGGAAGAAACUUCUCUCUAUCUGUAUCAUUAGAUAGAUGUGUUACAUUUGGAUUAGACUCAAUUUAGUGUGUUGCUACAUAAUUGUAGCAGUUAUAUGUAUCCACUAGAAGCUACUAGGGACACAUUGUUACAUUGAUUAUCGGUAUCAUCAAUUACAAGUACUAAUGGGUUUACUGCUAAUUCUAUUACCACUUAUUUCUUAAGGUGGAGUGUUGGAUUUGGAUAGUACCCAUCAAUUUAUUUAAUUAUAUGUGGUGACACCUACUUACUUAUUUACUAAUUAUCUUUCAUGCAGUCCUCUCCAUAGACCUGCCUAUUCCCCCGAUUAGCGGUACCCCAUCGCUCUCCCCAUUUAUUUAG